CUGCCGCCAUGCUCCGCAUGCGAAGCUGCAUCCUCACCCAUCUACUCUCUUCUCCUUCCGCCGCCUAUCCCAUCUCCUCUCUCCACCGCCUCUUCUCAACCACGGCGUCCCCCAUUCCGGCAAACCCUACCUUCGCCGUCCAGGAUUACCUCGUCACCACCUGCGGCCUCACCCGAGCCCAGGCGCUCAAGGCUUCCACCAAGCUCUCCCACUUCAAAUCCCCCUCCAGGCCCGACGCUGUCCUCGCCUUCCUCGCUGGUCUCGGCCUCUCCGGCGCCGACGUCGCCUCUCUGGUCGCCAAAGACCCGCAGUUCCUCUGCGCAAGCGUAGAGAAAACCCUGGCCCCCGUCGUCGCCGGGCUGACCGGACACGGCCUCUCACAUACCGAGAUCGCGCGCCUCUUCUCGCUCGGUUGCGGCAUCUUCCGCUGUAGAUCCAUCGUCUCCAAUCUACCCUACCACCUGUCGCUCGUUGGCUCCUACGAGAACCUCCUCCGGUUAAUCAAACAGAGCCCCAGUUCCCUCGGAUACAGCCUCGAGAAGGUGGUCAAGCCCAAUGUCGCCUUCCUCAAGGAGUGCGGGCUAGGUGAUUGCGAAAUUUCCAAGAUGUGCCUCUUUUCGCCAUGGAUACUCGUCACCAAAUCAGAGCGCCUCCGGGCAAUGGUGGCGUGCGCCGAAGGUCUCGGCGUACCACGUGGAUCUGGGAUGUUCAGGCAUGUGCUGCAUGCUGUUGCAUUUACCCGUGAGGAGAAAAUCGCCGCCAAAGUGGACUACUUGAAGAAAACUUUUAGGUGGACGGAUGCUGAGGUGGGUCUUGUUGUUUGUAAGGCUCCAAAGCUGCUGACCAGGUGUAAGGACAGGCUGCAGCGCUUGUCUGAGUUCCUGAUCUCUGAGGUGGGGUUGGAACCGGCCUUCAUUGCUCGUCGUCCGGUAAUGCUCACUCUUAGCCUGGAUGGCCGGCUCAGGCCCCGGUACCACGUUGUGAAGUUUCUCAAGGAAAAUGGAUUGCUCAAGCCUGACCCAAACUAUGACACAAUUUUCAAGCUGACCGACAAGGUAUUCCUGGAGAAGUACAUAUGCCCUCACAAGGAAGCUGCUCCCCACCUCGCUCAAGACUACGUUGCUGCUUGCAAAGGGGGAGUAGCCACUAGAAGAUUCAUGUUUGCUUGAACCAAGAGACUGCCAUGAAAAUGUAUAACUGUUUAUGACGCAACAAAGUUUUCACUCUGUGCAGUAAGCUGGUUAGUCUUAUUUCAGUAUUGUUUGCCCAAUUAGACACUGGUUUUAUCCUCUAUUGUAUGUAUGUGACAUGCUGGGUUGGUCAUCACUAAGUGCCAAUGCCUGAUGAAGUGAUGAAUAUAUUUCUGUCUGAAGAUCAUUGAGAUAACAUGUGCGGGUGGACUAGUUUCUGUUGAAACCAGGAGGUAGAGAACAGCAAGUUAAAGAACUGCAUCGUUGUCCUUUAAAAAUAUCAGUACAUGGUCUGCUUUAUUUACAUGUUCUGUUUUCGUUAUGCUAUCUUUUUUUUGCUCCAGCAUGUGUCAAUACUAAAUGGCAGUUCAAUCUUUAAUAAUUAGAUUAUGCUUUGUGUAUAUUUAUUUCGCCCUUUGGUUUCCUUUCCAUGAUUGGAUUAUCUUUGUUCCUAAAUCCUGUAGGUUGUAGCUGGCCUUGGUUUUGCUAGCAAAUUUUCAUAUUUGAUAAAGUAACCUACUAAAGCACGAUUAUCAUUUAAAUCUAAAUCUCGGACAUCUGUCAUUAACCGUGUGAACUAAGCCAAAGGAGAUGGAAUGAAUCAGUCUUGUCAUAUCUCUACUUUGCAUUGCUUGCAUAUGUGAUAUUGUAUCUGUGUAACAAAGCUACAUGUAUAUUUUGACAACAGAAGUCAAGAAAGUGUAGGUUCAAAAAUGAAUUUCGCGAAGCUUCAAAGUGUUCUGCCUUAACUCAAAUUGAAGUUGUUCGAUAUCAUGAAAUGAGCAGCAUGCGUUUUGUCAAACAUAUUUGAAAUUUGCAAUUUGUGAACUAGAUUUUUGUCAUGUUAUUUUCUCAUGCUUUGGCUUUUUAAAGUUCAUUAAGACUUUCUUUUUGCGGGUAAAAUUCAAUAGGGCUUAGGGCCAUGAUGGAUAGAAGGUGCAAUCUUUUCCAUUUUGUAUAUGCUGCAGUUCAGACUAUUCAGAGCCAGAGCUAUCGUCAACAUUUUCCUUUAUCACACCACUAUCUGUAUGACAUUAGCUCUUAUGUUUUCAGAACAUUGGGCUUGGGCUUAACUAACUCUGUUGAGUGUUGACAAAUCACUAUCUUAUCUUAUCUUAAAAUACAUCGGUGAUUACUAUAGUUCAAGAAAAAAGUUCUUUUAUUUUUUUCCAGACGAUCAAGAUAUAGCAGUCUUUCAUGUGAUUCAAGAGAAACAUGCAACGCAUGUGGUGCCUUCUAUAAGGUAAAGCUGGGUGCUGAAAAUAGAUGUUCUUUAGCUAUUCAUCUAUAUUUUCUUUAUAUGAUGUUGAUCUAUAAGGUAAGCUGGGUUGCUGAAAUAGAUGUUCUUUCGCUAUUCAUCUAUAUUUUCUUUAUAUGAUGUUGAUCUAUCCAUGAUGGAUCCUAUCUAGUGUUUGGUCUUCUUGGAACAAAUUCCUUUCGCUAACAAAAUACUCCCUCCGUCCCAUGAAACAUGUCCGAGAUUUAUCAAAAUUCGAAUGCAUCUAGCUACUCUUUAGUGUCUAGAUACAUCCAAAUCUAGAAAAAUCUCUGGCAUGUUUCAUAGGACAGGGAGUAGUAGAAUUAUGCGGUGAUUUUGCUAACAUUAGUUGCCAAGUAGCUUCUUGGCAGCAGUGUAGAUUUAUUUGCGAGAGGCUCGGGUUCAGGCAAGGCUUCAGGUUCUUCAUCCACCAUGGCAAGGACAGGAAGGAGCAGGACGAGAGCCCCAAGACGUGGUGGCUCAUGGAGGAGUACACCAGCGUAGCCUGCCUGGAGGAUGGCUUCUCCCGCGCGGACGGCAAGAAAGUUCUGCUGGCACUCUACAAGAUGUACCUCACCACACAAAAUCCUGGCAAGAAGGAGAAGAACAGGAACAAGAAGGGAGGCCGGGAUGAUGAUGGGGAGGAGGAGGACGGAG